CGUUUGCGCAGUAGGCUACACCUUUCACCGCCUGUGCGUCAGAGGGUCUGCCUGCGCGUUCCCGUGCUCGCUCGUUCCCGCCUCCUGUCCAGUCCAAGCCCGGUUCAUUCGCUGACUCAGUGCCUUAAUCAGCAUCACCGUUCCAAGGAAGCAGCUACAGCAUCCUCUGCGGAGAAAUACAUCAGCCAUGGCUAAAAUAACCGCAUACAAAGAGAAGAUGAAGGAGCUCUCUGUCCUCUCUCUCAUCUGCUCCUGCUUCUACCCAGAGUCUCGCAACAAGCUGGUGUGUGAGUUUGAAGACAUGGAGGUGAAACCCAUAGACAAGCGAGCGUCGGGACAGGCCUUUGAGGUGAUUCUCAAGCCCUUGUCUCCAGUGUCGGAGGCAGCCCACAACCUCCUCUCCCCCCCAAAAAGGGAUAUCUCCUUGGAGGACAUUGAGAAGAAACUGGAGGCUGCUGAAGAGCGGAGGAGGUACCAAGAGGCUCAGGUGCUAAAGAGUUUGGCAGAGAAGCGAGAGCACGAGAGGGACGUGCUGCUAAAGGCCAUGGAGGAGAACAGCAACUUCAGCAAGAUGGCCGAGGAGAAGCUGCAGCUGAAGAUGGAGCAGAUUAAGGAGAACCGUGAAGCCCAGCUGGCAGCCAUGAUGGAGCGGCUUCAGGAGAAGGAGAGGCACGCUGCCGAGGUGCGCAGGAACAAAGAGCGGAGGGAAUAGCCAGUAGCAUGAACCUCACACACCUUCUGUGGUCCAUCCAUCCAUCCUUCAACCCUUCUGAGACAGACAGUUGACCCUGAAGGCCGAGAGGCUCGAGCAUCGCACCACACCCUCACCGCACACUUUAUCACAAGAGCUCACAACGAUCAGCGAUACAAACACCAGAAACACCAUCCAUCCAUCCAUCUAUCUAUCUAUCUAUCUAUCUAUCUAUCUAUCUAUCUAUCUAUCUAUCUAUCUAUCUAUCCAUCUAUCUAUCUAUCUAUCCAUCUAUCUACCCACCUACCUACCUGUCUACCUGUCUACCUGGAUAGAUGAUAGGACGACACACUGAUUUAUGGAUCUAGGUGAAGUGCUGCACCUGCGGCUCCGUGCUCUACCACACUGUUCUCCUCUCCAGCUAAAGACGGACCUUUGCAGUGUUUCCCUGAAAGAUGUUGUGAUGUUUCUGUGUGAUUUGUGAAAAGGUGACGGUGGGUGUACCUACACAACAAUAUCCGUAAGAUUUCAGCCAUCUUGGUCUCCCUCACCAUCCCUCUUCAACACACGCACUUGGAACGUACCACCCAUAGAUGCUCAGAAACAACGAGCUUGAUGACGAUCUGUACAGGUGCUUUAUUGUUAAUAAGAAUGUGUUUGCAUAAAGACGGUUGCGUAUUUCGACGCCAUCUUCCCGUGAAUUUGUUGCCAAAUGAACAGCUCUGCAUAAGAACACAGUAUCUGGGGAUGAACCAUACAAAUGAGUGAAUGGUGCGACACCCUUCUGGUGUCAUGUCGUGUCUUGGACAGUGGAACGUGGCGUUGCUCCAUUCUGAAGAUGACUUAUGAACAUGCUGUAUGGGUGUGUGUGAAUGCUGAUUUACCCUUUAGGCAUCUUUAGCAUCUUCUCUCUUUAGGGUGUUAGAAACUCGAUGCAGGACGCUUUACAUCCAGCACACCGAAGUAGUCUCUUUUUACUACGAUUACUCAGUACACCACUGAUAUCUGCCUGCAUACGCUGCUGCUUGUGUUUCUCCUUUCAUAAGUUUCCGUGAAAGCUUUGCUAAAUAAAAGUUUGGGGUUCUGUGAACAUGGCAUGCUGCAUCUACAACGUUUCUGUAUUAAAACACGAGGGAUUGUAAACUGCCAAAUAAAUGAACCAGUUAUCUACACA